AUGCACCUGCCCGGCUGUGCACCCGCCAUGGCCGAGGGGAGCUUCUCGCUCGCCGGCCACUUGCUCCGCAGUCCAGGGGGGAGCAGCUCACGGCUGCACAGCAUCGAGGCCAUCCUGGGGUUUACUAAGGACGACGGGAUCCUCGGCACCUUCCCAGGGGAACGCGGCGCCAGGGCUGCGAAAGAGAGGGACAGAAGGCUGGGCGCGCGGCCCACCUGCCCCAAGGCCCCCGGGGAAAGCGACGAGAGCUCGCCCCCUCCAGCGCCAGCGCCAGUCCCGGAGUACGAAGCCUCUCGCCCCUAUUGCCCCAAGGAUUCCGGAGAGGCACGUCCGAGCCCAGGACUCUCUGUCGGGCCAGCUCCCGGCGACGCUAAGCUGUCGGAGGAGGAACAGCCCAAGAAGAAGCACCGGAGGAACCGCACGACUUUCACCACGUACCAGCUGCACGAGCUGGAGCGCGCGUUCGAGAAGUCCCACUAUCCCGACGUGUACAGCCGCGAGGAGCUGGCCGGCAAAGUCAACUUACCCGAAGUCCGGGUACAGGUGUGGUUCCAGAACCGCCGGGCCAAGUGGCGGCGCCAGGAGAAGCUGGAGGUGUCGUCCAUGAAGCUGCAGGACUCGCCCCUCCUCUCCUUCAGUCGCUCCCCGCCCUCCACCGCCUUAGCGCCCCUCGGGGCGGGCCCGGGAGGUGGUGGCGGGCCUCCCGGAGGCGCCCUGCCGCUGGAGUCCUGGCUCGGGCCGCCACUGCCCGGCGGGGGCGCUACGGCGCUGCAGAGCUUGCCGGGCUUCGGGCCGCCGGCGCAGAGCCUGCCCGCCAGCUAUACGCCGCCGCCGCCGCCCUUCCUGAACUCCCCGCCGCUGGGCCCAGGCCUGCAGCCGCUCGGGCCGCCGCCGCCCGCCUACCCGUGCGGCCCAGGCUUCGGGGACAAGUUCCCGCUGGACGAGGCGGACCCGCGCAACAGCAGCAUCGCGGCGCUGCGCCUGAAGGCCAAGGAACACAUCCAGGCCAUCGGAAAGCCGUGGCAGGCCCUCUAG